CAAUUGGUUUGUUCAACUUCCGGUUCUUACGACAACAACGCAGUGCACAUGGGUUACCGAAGUUAGUGACAGAUACCGUCUUUGCAGUCCCUUAAUUUAUAUGACAGUGGUUUGUGUGAAGUGACAACAUCAGACGUUAGUAUGGGAAAGAAGAAGGCAGGCGGAGGAGGCGGACUGGGCCGAGCUCUGAUAAAGGAGAGACUGCAGGCAGGCCGAGGGAACAAGAGGGGCGACUCAUGGCGUCAUACCAGUGAGCUCAAUGAUGGCUAUGAUUGGGGACGGCUGAACCUGCAGUCAGUGACUGAACAGAGUUCCAUGGAUGACUUUCUGGCCACUGCCGAAUUGGCGGGAACAGAGUUUGUUGCAGAGAAACUCAAUGUCAAGUUUGUGCCAGCGGAAGCUAGAACAGGUCUAAUAACAGAUGAGGAGAGAACCAGGCUGGCAAAGCUGCAUGAAGACAACAAGCAUUUCCUCAGAAUUCCUCGACGCCCCCACUGGAAUGAAACCACCAGUCCAGAAGCUCUUCAACAAGCAGAGAAAGACAGCUUCUUAGAGUGGAGACGGCAGCUUGCACAGCUAGAAGAGGAGCAAAAGUUAAUUCUCACCCCAUUUGAGAGGAACCUGGAGUUCUGGAGACAGCUGUGGAGAGUGAUUGAGAGGAGUGACAUCGUCAUUCAAAUUGUUGAUGCCAGAAAUCCUAUGUUGUUCAGAUGUCCUGACCUGGAGUCAUACGUAAAGGAAGUGUCAGAGCAUAAGGUGAACAUGCUGUUGGUGAACAAGGCAGACCUGCUGACCAGGGAGCAGAGGCGGGUCUGGGCCAGACACUUCCAGAAAGAGGGGCUGAGGGCAGUUUUCUGGUCUGCCCUGGCUGAGGGCAACAGACUGGAUGCAGAAGAUAAGGGCAUGGAAGUGGAUGAUGCAGAGUGUGGAGAGAGCGACCCAGAAAAUGAAGGACAGCCAGACACUGAAGACUUGACCCAAAAAGGGACAGAGGGAGAUGAGAAGGUGAACGUAGAAGAGGAUGAGCAGGAGGAUGAAGAGAGUGGUACAGAGGAAGAGCAGCAGAAAAAUGUAGAGGAGGAGGACUGGUACACCUGCUCAGAAGAUGAGGGUGAAGAAGAGGAAGGGACUGCUGGUUCAUCCAGUGACUCUUCCUUCCACAACUCCAGUCGUCUGCUGCGUAAGGACGAGCUGCUGGACAUGUUUAAGGCUGCUCACAAUGGGCCCAGGUGUAAAGAUGGACAACUGACAGUGGGCCUUGUGGGAUAUCCUAACGUGGGAAAGAGUUCCACCAUCAACACUAUUCUGAGAAAUAAGAAGGUGUCUGUUUCAGCCACUCCUGGACACACUAAGCACUUCCAGACUCUGUAUGUGGAGCCAGGCUUGUGUCUCUGUGACUGCCCGGGUCUGGUCAUGCCCUCUUUUGUCUCCACCAAAGCUGAGAUGAUCUGCUCUGGGAUCCUGCCCAUUGACCAGAUGAGAGAUCAUGUACCUGCAGUUUCACUUAUAUGUCAGACGAUCCCUCGGCAUGUGUUAGAAGGCACCUAUGGCAUCAACAUCAUUCGGCCACGGGAAGAUGAGGACCCUGACAGGCACCCCUCCGCCGAGGAGCUGCUGAUGGCUUAUGGAUACAUGAGAGGCUUCAUGACGUCUCAUGGCCAGCCUGAUCAGUCAAGAUCAGCUCGGUACAUCCUCAAGGAUUAUGUCAGUGGCAAGCUCCUCUACUGUCAUCCUCCUCCACAUAUUAAUGAUAAAGACUUCCAGCCGCAGCACAACAAGUUCCUGAACAGAAACUCUGACUGCUGUGACGUCUCUUCUACCACAAACAAACAGAAAAUCAAGAGAAUAGAGAAUGUGGUUGACAAAAACUUCUUCCAUCAGGAGAAUGUACGGGCGCUCUCCAAGGGGGUUCAGUCCGUCAUGGGCUACAAACCCGGCAGUGGACCCGUCGGCCCAGGAAAAGCUGGAUCAGAGGCGGUGGUGGGAAAACCCUGGAAAAAACACGGCAACAAGAACAAGAAGGAGAAAGUACGUCGUCUUAACAAGCAUCUGGACGCCUGAGGACGAUCUGAAAUCAAAGCACAUUUAAUUACAGAUCAUUUCACUCGGGAAUGGAAAAUCCUAAAAUACAGUUAAUAUGUGAUUCCAGUGGAUUUACUGGGCAGUAUCUGUAGGUACAUUCAGGCCCCUUAAUCCCAUGAGUAUGGAAAGGUCAGGCUGUCCUGUUAUUAUCAAAAGAGGUGCAUAAUCUCCCAUGUACUGCCCUGGUUAGAUGAUCAAACUGGUGCAAUGCAUUCCAUCAACUGGACGACCAGUUGUACACCCGAUCUCCCCCACAGUGUUUGCAGAUGGACUCGACAUCCACAGGGUGUGAAUUUUUUAAGAAAUUUAAAAGAACAUUUUUAAUUCUGUAUUUUGAAGCAAAAGACACAUUACAAAGUUUUCAUCAACCAGAUAAACAACUGUGCUUUUCCCCAUAUACAGUUGUGAUUAAUGUAAUGUAAGAUGGAUUAUAAAAUAAACUGAAUGUUUUCAUUG